AUGUCAGCAGGAAAUAGAACGACAGUCCCAAGCACCACUCGACCACCUAGAAGUAUCACUUACACAACGAGUGCUGUAGUGGGUACGAACGAAGAAACUUUGACUGUCGAUGUCGAAUCUCGUUAUACUACUACGGGAAAAUGGGCCCGGUUCAAUCUUCAAGUGACCAGUCCCCAAGGUCAAGGGGAAUAUAUCUGGCAGACAUCAAUGAUGAAAUCUCGAGGUCAGAUCACUAACGCGCAAGGGGCUGUGAUGUGGGGGAAUGUUGAAGCUGCCAUUGCGGCUCAAGGAAUCCCAGGGGAUCUACAAAAUGAUGUGAAAUUAGAUGUCUCAGAAGCUCUGAGUUUCUAUCAUGCGGGUAGGAACCCCUCAAAGACGAUCAACCCUCACACCAGCAGUACCGAUCGAGAGAGUAAGUAA